GUAUUAAAGGCAUUUAGCUUAUUAAGGGGCCCCCUGGCGGUGGGACCAAUGGACCUUUGUGCAAUAAAAAAGAGAUCUUCUUUCAUGCAAAGCCAAAUUAAACAUACCGCCAACCAAACUGUGAAAUCCAGCAAUUCAAAAGCAUUUCCAGCGCGAUAGUGCAGCCCACAGUCGGGGAAAAAAAGUUUGUUCGCAGAUAGGCUCCUCGAGCCUGAAAGCCCGCGUGACGUAGCAGCUCCUCUUUUUUUUUUUUUUUUUUUUGUAGCCCGACUGUCUUCAUUAAGUAGAAAUGUAGGCUUUUUACAACACACCGACGCCUUUGCGUUUCAGGCUCAGUUGCCGCUGCCUCCCCGGCGUCCGCGGCGCGCGCUCGCUCGCCACCAUUUAUAGCCGCGCGGCGGCAACAAUCUUGUUAUGAGAUUUAAACUUUGCCUCCGCCAGGAUCAACAUGCGCUCGGCGCGCGCGUCCCCCCCUCGCGCUUCUUCCCGUCUCGCGCGCUCUCCGCGGCGAUAGCGGCGCUGACAUCUUACCUACAGUGCCCGCCUUGUUUGAGUGCGCUCUUAAACGCCGGUGUCAGCUCUCGGCGUAAUAGAAAAAGCCGAGCGGGUCUGUGCGCGUAAAGGCGAGCGAUGAGAGGAGCUCAGCCCCGAAUUAAAUCACUCACAGCUAAAUGGAUCUUUGAGACCGUCCCUUGACGCAGUGAGCCGCUGCUCUGUGCAUCUCCAGACCGACAACAGACAGCUGGGAUUCUUUUAUUUUUUUAUUUUUGUUUUGCGCUACCCAACGCAAUCCUGCCCAGACUCUUGAAUAUGCUCCGUGUUGGCGGCGGCACAUAUUAAGCUGCCGGCUUUGCGUCGGGAAGAGGCUGCCGCUCCGCUGUCGUCACGCAGUUCAAGGAGAUACGUCCGCGAACAUCUGUCCCAGCUGCAGGACGCCAGGGAUGCUCCCUCACUCCGAGGCCCUCGCCCCGGGUUACAGAGGUUAUUCCUCGGUGCACGUGAGAUCGACACAAGAGGGAAGACAGUGGCAGAAACAACAGGAUGAGAGCGUUUAAUGAUGGUAACCUCUAAGGAGAAAAGCACAAGUCGACCUGAGGCGGUGAAAUCUAGCAACAGCUUCCAAAGCCUGAUGAAAGCGGGGCUGCAUUGGGGCUGAUAACAACAUCAGUCGGAUUGGUACAUGGGGACAAAACCGUCCAUCGAUGAAGACGAGACAAGAUAAAGGGCGGUUUCUGGGCCUGAGAUGAGUUGAACAUCCAGCUGAUUAAACAUCUGGAUCUACUCACAUCUGUACUGUAACCACAGCGGCUUCGCCUUCUUCUCAUCGUUCUUGGCCCUGCGUGUGAUUCUCAGAAGCACCAAUGGCCUGCAGCUCAGAUAUGGUGACGAGAGCCUUGUGUUGGUCUUUAGCCAUAAUGUAUUUGACUAAUAUCGGCGGCGUCAGUGGGGACUGCUGGCUGAUUGAAGGUGAAAAGGGCUUUGUAUGGCUCGCUAUUUGUAGCCAAAACCAACCACCUUAUGAGGCCAUCCCACAGCAUAUCAACAGCACCAUCGUGGACCUUCGUCUUAACGAGAACAAAAUCAAAAGCAUCCAUUACUCCUCCCUUAGUCGCUUUGCCAACUUGACCUACCUGAACCUGACAAAGAAUGAAAUCUCCUACAUCGAGGACGGGGCCUUUUCUGCUCAGUUUAACCUGCAAGUUCUUCAAAUGGGCUUCAACAAGCUGCGAAACCUGACCGAGGGGAUCCUCAGGGGUUUAGGAAAGCUGCAGUACCUCUACCUCCAGGCAAACCUGAUUGAGACUGUGACACCCAAUGCCUUUUGGGAAUGCCCAAACAUAGAGAACAUUGACCUCUCCAUGAACCGCAUCCAGCAGUUAGACGGGUCCACGUUUACCAGUUUGAAUAAACUAACCACCUGUGAACUGUACACCAACCCCUUCAAUUGCUCCUGCGAACUACUUGGCUUCGUCAGGUGGCUCUCGAGUUUCCCGAACAGGACAAACGAGCGAAUGGCCUGUGACUCCCCACCCGGCGUCUCUGGUUACAGCUUACUGAGCCAAAACCCCAACAACCCAACAUAUCGCAAUGCUCUUCACAUGCUCACCACUGUGUGUACUGAUGACUACGUGACGCCCUUUAUCCCCGUCCCCACUGACUCCAUGACACCCAUACCAGACUCAACGCUGUGCGGGCUCGAUGACUGUCCCUCAGGCACCGAACCGGAAAACAUCACGUACAUCAGUACGACCGACAGUGACGUGGAAGUAAACCCAAUGAUAAAACUGAAACACGUGUCCAACACGGGAGCCACCAUCACAGUUCAGAUCCCAAAGCCCUACAAGAAGAUGUACAUCCUGGUUCUGUACAACAACAGCUUUUUUACUGAUAUUCAAAACCUGAUAAGAAUGAAGGAGGACAUCGACCUGAAAAACCUCAAGCCCCACACUAACUACACAUACUGCGUCGCUUCCAUACGCAACUCUCUGAGACGCAACCACACCUGUCUGACGAUUCCCACUGGGCCCCGCAGUGGAAAGGACAGGGUUGUUAACAACGCAACUGCUACUCACUACAUAAUGACAAUUUUAGGCUGUCUCUUCAGCAUGGUCAUUUUUCUGGGAGUGGUCUACUAUUGCUUGCGAAGAAAGCGGCAGCAGGAUGAAAAGCACAAAAAGGCAGGUAACCUAAAGAAAAACAUCAUGGAGCUUAAAUAUGGCCAAGAGCUGGAAGGGGGGACUAUAUCUCGCAUGUCGCAGAAGCAGUUGUUGGCCGGGGAGAGCAUGGCGCGAAUGCCAUACUUACCGUCGGCAGGUGAAAUGGAGCAGUACAAAUUUCAGGAGAUAAGCGACACGCCCAAAAUGAUGAAGGGAAACUACAUGGAGGUACGAAGCGUGGACCACCACGAGCGCAGGGAAUGCGAUAUGGGAAUGGCCGGGAAUAGCCAGGGUUCAGUCGCCGAGAUCUCCACCAUCGCGAAGGAGGUGGAUAAAGUCAAUCAGAUAAUCAACAACUGCAUAGAUGCUCUAAAGUCUGAGUCCACCUCUUUUCAAGGAGUGAAAUCGGGAGCGGUGUCCACAGCAGAGCCCCAGCUCGUGCUAAUAUCAGAACACCCUCAGAGUAAAUCCGGUCUUCUGUCCCCAGGGUACAAGGAUAGCUACCAUCACUCUCUGCAGAGGCACCGGUCCUCGGACGCGUCGCCAAAGCGGCCCAGCACUGCCACGGGAGGGCCCAUGCGAAGCCCCCGGCCUUACCGCUCGGAAUCCAAGUACAUCGAGAAAACCUCCCCGACCGGAGAGACCAUUCUCACUGUAACACCCGCCGCCGCCAUCCUGAGGGCCGAGGCGGAGAAGAUCCGCCAGUACAGCGACCACCGGCACUCGUAUCCCGACGCCCAGAUAGAGGAGCUCGAGGGACCCGACGGCCACAAGGCCUCCAUGUUGGAGCCGCUGACUCACUCCCGCUCCAGAGACUUAGCGUAUUCCCAGCUGUCGUCGCAGUACCACAACCUAAGCUACUCCUCCAGCCCCGAGUACUACUGCAAACCUUCGCACAGCAUCUGGGAGCGCUUCAGACUCCACCGGAAACGGCACAAAGACGAGGAGUACAUGGCCGCGGGCCACGCACUGCGCAAGAAAGUCCAGUUUGCAAAGGAUGAGGACCUGCAUGAUAUUUUAGACUACUGGAAAGGUGUAUCGGCCCAGAAUAAAUCAUAAGCUCUUUAGGUGUUUUUAAAACGGUACAGAAAAUGACACAAGACCCUCACCGGAAACGUCCAUAUUAUAAUCAACUGCUCUCUUGUGUGUGCUACAUUCUCUUUUGACUGCGAGGAAAAGGGGGAUGAAGAUUCUUUCAAAUUUCACAUUAUGUAAAGCAUUCAUUGGGAAAACGUUCAUCUAUUAAAGACAAAAUAUAUUGCAAAUUAUUAAUAUAUAUGUUACAAUGGAUUUUAGGUUUUUGGGUAUCGCAUGGCCAAGUCCUGUGACAGUGGAUUUGCUGUUGUGUAAUAUGAAUCUACUAUAUGAAGAUAUGUCUACUGAAACCUCAAUAUUUUUUUGAAGAACUGUCUGAACCUUUUCAUUCAAAACAUAACUUCUUUUCUUGUCUCCCUGCAAAUAAUUAGUCCAACAAAGCUAUGUACAGACGUGGAUUUCUAUAUUUGCAAUGUUUGCCGUGUAAAUGGAAAAGUAUUAGCGACUGAAUCCGGUUCAUAUACGGAGUGUUGUUCAUUUAGAUGAGCCGGUAGCUAAAGAACAGCAUGUCCCCACUUGAAACCUGUCAGAGCUUCUCAUCAUUUCAACCAUAAUCACCUGCGUUUGGUUCAUUUUGAAGCUUAUUCAUGCAUUUUACAAUACAGAUGUUUUUAAAAGCCCCUUGAUCAUUCGCUGGACUCUGACAGACUCGAGGCAGGCCAGGUGCAGUAUAUUUCAUGCUGUGAUGAAUCUCAGCCAUCAGUAUCAUUAAAUCAUCUAUAUAUUUAGUACCAAAGUAGAAAAAUCUGAAAUGUUUACAACAAGUCUGUGUGGGAAUCGUGUGACCAUGACAGCGGUAGGUCCAUGCUGACGUUUUCUUGUUGUUGUUUUUUUUUAUUGUAUCAGUUACGUCUUCAAGAGUGGGAACAUGGAGAAACACUAAUACCCAAACACGGGAUAUCGCAUUGAAAGCCUAAUAUCAAUGAGUUCAGCGCUUCAGCGGGAAUGUAUGUGCACUCUGUUACCCGUCGCUUAGGUGCACAAACAGCUGUUCUUCCCUGCGAGAUUCCCCGAUGAAUGAAUGUAACAGAUACCGUUUCCUGAUCUGUCCAUGGCAGCUUUUAUGUAUAUUUCCAAGAAGUAUUUAUUUUAAGCUACUGUACUUUUCUUUGCUUCACUGUUUCUUCCAGUGUAUUACUGCAUAUUGCAUACGUCUGAUCAGAAGGGAAAGCAGUUUGUAUUUUCCGAUAGAGCCUUGCUGCUUGCCGAGAGCGUUUCCUUUUUAUUUCUAACUGCUAGGCUGUUAAAUCUUUUUUGUACAUUAGGAAAAGUUGCCAGACAAAUACCAACAUGCUAGAGUCAAAUUUGAGAAUGUGAAACUGAACCCUCAGACUUACUGGCUGUGAAUUUGUAUAUCACAAAAUGUUUUUUGAGAAAAAUGUAAGACUUAAUGCUUUUUUAUUAUUACUACUGAUUACAUAACGUAUUCCAAACAGGCUCAUGUUGUGUUUCUUCGCAUAUUUAUGAAUGAGCAAUAAAAGCUGUCAACCAUCCGACCUAUUUAUAAAAUAACGACACGUCCUGUCUCUUUAGUAUGUGGCUUCAUUAAGAAACAGGAAGCAGCUCUUCAAGGUAAAUUCUCUGCAUAAACAUUUAAAACCAGCCCUUGUGCUCUUUUGAGACUUUUGCCCGUCGAAUGUAUUGGUUUUAAGCCUUUCCCUCUUUUUCUUCAUGGAUGUUUUGUUUGGUUUAACAACUACAAUUAAACCAAGUGAAUGCAUCUGAAGCAACCUUCCAAAUCAAAUUAAUGCAAAUCAGUUUCUGCAUUUCCACAACAACUGUGAGAGCAGUAUUUUCAGUUUUUAUACACUAAAACGCUGGAAAACUAUUUUUUGUUAACCUUGAGCAGGUUUUUUAAUCUGCUGAGUCCAUUAGUAACAGUUGUGUGUUGCAUCCGCGUCAUAUGUCACAAUGCUGUCAUUAUUAUUCAUUAAUGUGCAGUGAUGCACUCGUGGGCCUGAUGUGAAUGUGUUAUGUAAGCAUCUUAACGUGUUAACUUGGUUGUCUGACUUAAUAUUUCAACCGCCUUAAGCCUUUUGGGAUACGUGUACAGUUGUAAAUUUCCUUUUGUUUUCUUUCCAUGUUGGCACUGUUGACGAGUCUCCAUUUAUUGUUCUUUUUUACAAAAAACAUUUCAUGAUCUUCGGUCAGGUUCGUAGUUCAUUUAGCUAUUUAGCAACCUGUUUUUAUACUGCAUAUUGUAGCACUUCUGUGUCCAAUAAGACUUUAGAGUGUUGAGGAAACGUCUAGAGAGAUCAGCAGUUGUUGUUAAAACUUAUCAAAACAAACAAGAGCACAAGAUGUGUUUUUUUUAUUAUUAUUUUAUUUCCUAUUACUCUGUUACCUGCUUUCAGACAAAGUACUGUGAAAUAAAGUUAAGGGUGCACAUAUA